GCCUGCCCAAUUUGCACAGCGCGUCUUGUCGUUCCUGCCUUGAUACAUCACUGCAUAUCUCGCGACGUUUGCUUUGGGAAAUUCACAAAAUCUUUGAAACUUUCUCCCUUCAACACGUCAAUCUGAAUUUCUCUUGCGGGGGAUCCCACUGCGAACGACUCGCGAACCACCAGCCUCGAGGCUGCUCUGCCAGACAAGAUGCCUGCAAUCGGCGACCAACACAAACUCAUCACCAACCCGUUCGAGGAACCACAACGGCGAAUUAGCGAAUACACGGCCCAAGAGAUCGCUACACUACAGAGCCGGCUCGAGAAACAACUAGGACCCGAGUACCUGUCGAGCCGCGCCGGCCCAUCAGGCCAGAAAGUCCACUACAUCUCGUCAGAAAAAUGCAUCCAGCUCGCGAACGAGGUUUUCGGCUUCAAUGGCUGGUCCUCCAGCAUCCAGAAUAUUCAGGUCGACUUCGUCGAUGAGCAUCCUCAGACGCUGAAAAUCAACAUGGGCAUCUCGGUUAUUAUGCGAGUCACCUUACGCGACGGAACGUUCCACGAGGAUCUCGGCUACGGUCACAUCGAGAACUGCAAGGGCAAGGCGGCUGCCUUUGAGAAGGCCAAGAAGGAAGCCACGACGGAUGCCCUGAAGCGCGCGCUGCGCCAGUUUGGCAAUGUGCUGGGCAACUGUAUCUACGACAAACAGUAUUUGGCCAAGGUCACCAAGAUGAAGGUCGAGCCGACCAAGUUUGCGGAGGAUAACCUACAUCGGCACUCGGAUUUCGUCAAGAAGGAGCCGGUUGAGGCGGAUGCCAUGAAGGUAGACUCAGUCGGGGCGGGCGCUCGUCCACCAGCGCUGGGGAAUGAGGAGUCUUUUGAGGAUUUGCUUGGAGAACUUGAUGAGGCCGACUUCAACAUGGCCGAUGAGGGCCAUCCGGACGAAGUUGUCGUACCACAACCUGUGCACAAUAGCUUGAACGACAAGCCUGUCCACCAGCAACUGACUAACCUCAAUCCACAGGCUCAACAAUCUCGACCCCUGACGAGAUCAGGGUCAACAGGCAGCCUGAACACCCGACAACAACCACAGACUUCCAACCAAUUUACAGCGAGGGCCCAAAGUCGGCCUCCACAACAGCAGUUUAACAACAACCAAAGUCGUCCUAUGGGCCAACCUGUCAAUAAUUCUAGCAACACAAACAAUCCCAGUAACGCUACGAACUUUACGACACCACAGAAGCCUGCUCCUGCCGCUCCUGCUCCCCAAGCAGGUGCGGCUGUAGUUCCCGCCCCAGAAACCGUUGGCUUCUUCUCCGCUAAAGCUGUGACCCAACUUCCGGAGGAGGCUUUGGCUAGCGGCCAAGUCGCGCCGAAACCCGGUCUAGCAUUCAACCCUCACGCCGAAAGUCCGUCGAUCCGCAAGACGCCCGGCAUCGAUCACACCAAGUCUAAGCCUUUGGCCAGAAACGGUCAGCACGUCCCUCCAGCCAAGACUACCUCCAAGACAGAAGCUGAACCGAGCACGUCGUUUUCAAGACCUGCGGGAGCUGCUCCGGCCGCAUCACGACCAGUAACAAUGAGCGAGGCACGCUCAGCAUCGGGAGGUUUCUCUCGUGCUGGGCCACCGAUGGGCGGUGGUAACGCCGGAAACAACAUGGGCAAGCCAAACGUCGUCAACCCCCAACUUGAUCAGACACGGCGGAUCGGUGCGCCAGGCACGGGAGGUUUCUCUAGUAGUCCUAGUGCCAACAGGAACCAGUAUCGGCCGUUGACGAUGAAAAGGCCUGCUACUGCUAUGGGAGGAGGAGGAGGUGCUGCUGGUCAGACCAAGGAUGGUGGUAAUGGUGAUGGUGCAGUGGCGACGACGACAGCGGCGAACACGGCAGCAGGGUCGACGACGGGAGGUAAUGCGGCGGCUCCUUCUGCUGGUAACGGUGGGAACGGUGGGAGAGUCCCGUUGACUGACAUGUCGGCUAAUACGUCGAAUGCUACGGCAGCGGGGGCCGCUGGUAGUGGACCGGAGGUUAAGAGGCAGAGGGUGGCCUAGAAUGGGUUGAGAUCAAGGCAGGGGCUUCAAGAACAUCGGUGUCUCCGCUAGGCGCGCCGGUAGGAUGGAUGGUAAUUGGUUGGUAUGGUGUAAGGUGUUUCGAGGCGUUUUCUUGGGCGAACAUUACUUGCGAAGAUAAGGUAUAAGUCAUUUCGUUUUAUGGAUUGCUGAAUGGGACUAAAGGCAGCAAGCUUUCUAAGAGGCGUAUCAACCAACACUGGUUUCUGAUGCUUUUCCAUCAUCACUUUAUGAUCAGGAGUAGUUUGUGGUGAGAUCACAUGUUUGUACGAUAUGAGUUUAAGUCGACAACGGAGCAAGAGCCAUCCAUGCCAUGUUCGUUCUUGAUGGAACAGCUUAGACUACAUGAUUUAUAUAUAAGAAGAAAGUUUUCCACGA